AUGCACUUGAUGACCGCGACACGACCGGACAUUGCCUUUGCUGUGAGUUACGUUUCGCGCUUCAUGGAAAACCUCCAAGUCGAGCACUGGAUGGCGGUCAAGCGCAUUUUGCGAUACUUACAAGGGACUAAGUCGGACGGCAUCUGUUUCAAGUCUGAUGACAAGAUAGACUUCUGCGGCUACUCGGAUGCAGACUGGGCCGGCGACCAUGCAGACCGCAAGUCGACUUCGGGAUAUGCGCUCAUCCUGAUGGGUGAUCCGGGUCUGGCUAUUCAAGAAGGCAAGUGGGUGCAUCGAUUGCUAUGCGAGAUUCUGGAUGCCGCAGAGGACAAGUCUGGACCCGAGCUCAAGAUCAUGGAAGACAACCAAUCGUGCAUCAAGAUGACGAAGAAUCCUGUGAACCAUGGUCGGGCCAAGCACAUCGACACUUGUGGUCCAAUGGAAGUCGACUCGCUAGGUGGAAGCAAGUACUUGCUACUGACCGUAGAUGAAGGCAGCGGAUGUAUGAAGGGUUUCAGUCUGCGCGCCAAUUCCGACAGCGAAGAGUGCAUCAAGAAGUACAUCGUGGCAGUACAGACGCAGUUUGACUACAAGGUCAAGUUCGUUCGCCACGAUGGUGCACGCGAAUCUGUGGCAAAUUCGCUCAAGGCAUUUUACGAUGAUCAACGAAUCGAGCAGCAAGUUACCGUUCCAUAUGCGCAUCAGACCAACGGCACGGCGGAACGGGCAAUUCGGACCAUUGUGACGAUCGGGCGCAGCAUGCUUCACUACGCCAAGCUGGACAAGUUUUUUUGA